GUUUUAGAUCAAACGAUCUCCGUUCAGACUGCCGAACUGAGAGUUUCUUCUUCUUUUUCUCCAUCGAAAAAAUCUGUGUGGUAUUUUGCGGGAGAACUCACAGUUGUUUCUGUAUUACUCUUGGAAGACUCAUAAGGCCGUAGACAUGGAUGGUGAAACCUCCGUCAAAGAGAAUCAAAAGAACUUCGACAGGUUAAGCAAUCUACCCGAUUCCUUGUUAUGCAAGAUACUCUCUGACUUUCCCACCAAGGAAUCGGUUUGCACCAGCGUUCUAUCAAAACGAUGGAGCAACCUCUGGUUGAAUGUUCCAUCAUUGGACUUAGAUUCCAACGAUUUCUCAGAUGAUGAUGUCUUUGUGAGUUUCAUGGAUAGAUUUAUGUGUUCUUCUGAGAACGAGCAACACUUGGAGAGAUUCAAGCUGAUCUAUGAGUUGGAAGAGCAUGAUGCAUCUCGUUUCAAGUCUUGGAUCAGUGUCGCGAUUAGAAGUAGGGUUCGUCAUCUUGAUGUUCAUAACGAGGUGGACGAUGACGAGAUCGUCAAGAUGCCUCCGUCUCUCUAUUCGUGUGAGAGAUUGGUCAACUUAGAUCUCUACCGCGUGUUUUUGGAACAUCCUGAAUCUGUAUUCUUGCCUUGUGUCAAGAUUAUACAUCUAGCUAUGGUCAUAUACGAUGGUGAUUCGACUAUGGAAACUUUAGUAUCGAGCUGUCCUGUUCUCGAGGAGUUAACCAUAUCUCGUGAUCCCAAUGAUUCUCUGGAAGCUGUGCGUGUGCGUUCCCAGUCACUAAAGAGAUUCAAAAUAGAUUGUGAACGUGACGACGAAAGUGACGGUCAUGUUGUUGCAGUUGAUGCUCCAAAACUUGAGUGUAUGAUUCUUAGUGAUCACCGAUCUGACAACUUCAUAAUACACAGUAUUGGUCCGUCUGCAAAGGUAAACAUUGAUGUUAUCUUUAACGUGGAAUAUGAUGAACCACUGGACCCGGAUGAUUAUUCCAAGAUAACCAUGCUCCGUAAAUUUCUAACCGGGUUAUCUACAGUCAACGACAUGAUCAUCUCUGCUGACACUCUAAAUGUUAUUCGUGAUUACUCUGAAAUGGAACAACUACCUCAGUUCUCCAACUUGUCUUCCUUGGAUGCUUUCUUCCAAGACACUAAGUGGGACAUGUUGCCAGCCCUCCUUGAGAGUUGCCCAAAUCUACGCUCUGUAGUUCUGGAAUUUGAACUUCUUCCGGAGACGGAGCAGGUUGAUCUUUCAUUAGUGCCACAAUGUUUCCGAUCAUCUCUUGAGUUUGUUCAACUGAAGACACUUGAUGGUGUAGACAUGAGGAAUAAAGAGAGACUAUCCAGAGGAACAUCAAGUAAGAUAAAAUUAGCAAAAUACUUCCUAGAGAAUGCUGAAGCUCUCAAGAAACUGACUCUAAGGCAGAGUUUCUGUACCAUCAUCAACGAAAUCAAAUCUAUUCCAAGACGCUCUACUGGGUGUGAAGUUGUCAUGGAUUAGUUGAGCCAGCUUUGUGUUCUUACGGUAUUGCUCUCGUUGUGGCUUCUUAAAAAUCACCUUUUCAUUUCUAUUUCGUGAUAUACUUUGUUUAUCUUUUCGUUUCUCAAGUUGGAGGAAGAUGUUAUUGACUUGUCUCAACCCAAACAUUUUUUAUUUGCGAUGAAAGUGAUCAUCAAGGCUUAUUUGGAUCA